AUGGCAGAAGCAUGGCUAAGUGUGUGUUGUGGUGUGUUGCAUGUAGAUGUCGCUGAAACCGGAGGCGGGCAACACGAACCGGUGGCGUCCGGGGGCAGAACUGGGGGCAGCAGCCCGGCAUCAGGGGCGGCAGCUAGGGCGGCCCGAAGGGGCAACAGACGGCUCACGAGAAACGAGAGCCGGUACCAUUCAGAUAACAAAAAUAAUAUCUAUGCUGAGACAAAUCUCAAAAGGCAAUGCAGGCCAACUCUGAACGCCGGUAACAUCUGCUCAUAA